CAAUCAUGAAGGUCUCAAUAGUUUGUUUGGUCCUUAUGGCGGCCAUUGUCCUCGUGGCUGCUCGUCCAGACGAACCUGUAUAUACAACUAAAUUUGACAAUAUUAAUGUGGACGAAAUUCUGCAUAGUGAUCGUUUGUUGAACAAUUACUUCAAGUGUUUGAUGGAUGAAGGAAGAUGCACAGCAGAAGGAAAUGAACUCAAACGAGUCUUGCCUGACGCUCUGGCCACCGAUUGCAAAAAAUGCUCUGAGAAGCAACGAGACGUGAUCAAGAAAGUGAUCAAGUUCUUGGUCGAGAAUAAGCCAGAAUUGUGGGAUGCCCUUGCCAACAAAUACGACCCAGACAAGAAGUAUAGAGUCAAAUUCGAGGAAGAAGCGAAGAAGCUCGGCAUUAAUGUUUAAUUCAAUAAAUUGAGAAUCAUCAUUGAAGAUUCAUUUAUAAAAAUUAUUCAAAAUCUUGAUUAAUAUAUGUAGACGAUAUAAUAAGCAGUUGUAGUAAAUAUGAAAGAAGCGGAAAACAAUCUCGACGUGACAAUUAGUGUAAGUUUAUAACAGGAAUAAAAUCGUCUUUUGUGAAUUUA